AUGUCUUCUUUUACCCAGUUUGAUGGUACGGGAGAUCCUUCUUGGCAUCUAGAUCUCUACGCACAAAAGAUGGCUCUAGACGAUCACAAUGACCCAUGGAUGUGCAAAGUUUUCCCCACCAGUCUAAUUGGGGCUGCGCUGGAGUGGUUCAGGAAUAGGCCACACAAAUCUAUUCCAGACUACGAAACUCUAUGCACUAUGUUCCUGGCACAGUAUUGCGGUAAUAAGAAGCAAAAGAAGUGUAUUGCUAGCCUUUUCACUAUAAGGCAAAAAAAAGGCGAAACAUUACAAGAUUUCUUGUCCAGAUUUAACAUGAAGGCUUCGGAAAUAACAGAUUGCCAUCCUACUACCGCAAUAGAAACGUUUAAACUUGCAAUGAUUCAGGGAACCAAGUUCUAUACAUCCCUAGUUAAGUAUUCCCCUCCGGAUAUACAGACUCUCAAUGCUAGGGCACAGAUUUACAUCCGGCUUGAGGAGAAUUUGGCCCACCGAGCGCAACAUGCCAUCUUCGUCACAGUGGAGAACAAGCCUCGGGAAAGGGUUUCAAACUCAAAAAGCCGAAAAAGCCAGCACGCUUCGGCACCAGCCAUUUAA